AUGGCCGCGCCAAUAUUCAGAUCCCUCUGGUACUCCCUAGCGAGGCAACCGACCACAAUAUCAACACCCCUCUCCAGACUGCCGUUGCGGCCAUUCUCGACGACACCCUCACCGAACGCGACGCUAAACCAAGUCUUACGAGGAUGCCGUAAACCCCAGCGCGCGCGCCACGCCGUCUCCCCAGCCCUGUCAGAUAUGAACUGCCCGCAGCAAAAAGGCGUGUGCUUAAAGGUCGGCAUAACGCGGCCCAAGAAACCCAACUCUGGAGAACGAAAGACCGCACGUAUUCGCCUUUCUAGCGGCCGUAUGAUCACGGCCUACAUCCCCGGUGAGGGCCACAAUAUCCAGCAGCAUUCGGUCGUGCUUGUUCGAGGUGGUAGGAGUCAAGAUUGUCCCGGUGUGCGGUAUCACUUGGUUCGGGGAGCUUUGGAUUUGGCUGGUGUGGGCAAUCGCAAGUCGAGUCGAAGUAAAUACGGAACGAAGAAACCGAAGAAGGCAUCAGUGGGCGCAUAG